AUGUAACAGGAUAAUUAAUAUGAAAACAUAUACUACUAGCCCAAAGGAAUUAUUAUGCAUACACGCCAAUCUAUUAAACCCUUCUUUUUACCAAAAACAGAAGCCAGCACACACCGCUUUUCCUAAUUGGAUUAUUUUACAGAACCCACAGCCAGUAUAGUAGAUCCUCUAGGACCUCAAACUGACCGAACGCAUGUCAGAAACAAUAGAUAACUUUUCAAAAAUAAUAAGGUUAUUACCAUCGAACCGGAAUCUAACAUAUUAAACGAGGAGAAGAAUAAAUUACAAACCAAGUUUAAUUUAUUAGACUCUUUUACUUUGAGACAUUCACAACAUCAUUUAUAAGGGAAGAAUGAUAUCAAAUAAGAAAUUUUCUAGAGAAAGUUUAGCCAAUAAAAACUAGGUUUUAAACUACAACAAUUAGACGAAGAAUACGAAUCUCAUGUAAUUUUAAGAAGAAACCAGUUCUUUUAUACAUCAUUGCGAAUAAAAGAUCGCUAUUCACCCUUGACUCUCCAAAUCAGAAUCAAAUAAGGUGAUCCGAACACAAGAUUGCGAAUAUUUGCAUCUCCAAAAUUCGUCCAACCUAAUCGAUUUAACGCUGCUGUUGAAGUCAGUGGAAGAUAAUUAAAAUUUGCCUCGAAUGCUGAAAUCUUUCAAGAAGAAACCUUAUACGUUGCAAUUUUGGCCCUAAAUGAACUAUCGAUCGGUAUAAACAUCGAAUUUGGAAGACCUGCAACUAAAAGAGUUGUUUAGAGAGAAAGAAAAGAAAAAUCUAUCCAUGAAUUUCCUCCUGAUUUAGAACUUCAGAUAGAAGAAAUUAUGAUGCGAAGAAGACUUCGCUAUGCUAAUCAAUAAAAUUAUGUUGAAUUAAAUAAAUGCUCUUAAAUGUCCCGUAGAACUCAAGAAAAGCCUCAAACUCCAAAACAUAUAGAAGUAAAACAAAAAAUUAGAAGCAUGAAAACAGAAUAAAGUCUAAAAAGGGUAGCUUAGUUAUAAGUUCACGAUAUAGCCAAAUAAAUUCAUAGAAAAUAGCUAGAAAUGUAAAGAGAAAUAAAACAUCGAGAGUAUGUUCAAAAAACCUGGUUUAAAAUUGUUUGUUUAAUCAAUAUUUUAGCUCCUGGUAUCAAUGAAUUUAUAGAAAAUCAAAGAUAAUUAGUUGCUAAAAAUAUGAAAAAACAAAUCUCCUUAGUCUAGCUCUUAAACAAAAUUAAGAAAAGAGUAGAAAAAUUUGGCCCCAAUUGUAAAUUAAGAACAAUCUUAUAAGGAAAAUGGUAAUAUUCAUUCAUUUUUUAAUAGUUGCUUACAAUUAAUUGCUAACAAUUCAAGAAUCAUAGCAAAGAAAAGAGCAUAAAAGAUAAUGACCCAAAUGUUGUAAAACAACAUUACUUGCUUUAUUACUGAGAGCAAAGGCACUCAUGUUGUCAAUUUAAGUAAUGCGAAAAACCAUAUGAAGUAAAGAAAUGCGUGAAUCGAUUAGUGAAGCACAAAAUUAGUAGAAUUGAGUUUAUGAGCAAUCUCAAACUAUACUUGAGUGUCUAGUAUAAGCAACUUUACCAAAUAGCUCUUAGAUACAGUAAACAAAGUGAUUCAUCUAAAAACAAAAGGGAUCCUAUACAUUUUCUUUUAUAUGAUGCGUAAAAUUAUGAGUAUAUUUAAUAGUUCUUUUCUGCAUCAAAUGACAAAGAAAUUAUUGAGUCAUGUAUUUGAAAAGUGGAAUAAAAACUUUAUCACUUUUAGAAAUGCAACCAAAGAGGAAAGAGAAAAAAAAGGUAAAAAGGGAGUGGCCCUAUUUUGGUCACCUCCAAAACUUUUUGAAUUACCUUAAGAUAUAGUGGUUAGACUAUUCUUAUUUGAAGAGCUUGAGAAACGAGGGCUAAUAACUGGAGAAUACAAAGAAUGA